UUUACUCUUCGUCGUCAUCGAUCUGAUCCCGAUGGCGGUGGACGCUCUGGAGGCGUCGAUCCCGGCGAGCGGGGACGAGGAGCUCGUGCUCAGCGUGGAGGGGUGGGCGAAGGGGAAGCGGUCGAAGCGGCACCGCUCCCCCGACUACGCGCCCACCGAGGAGGAGUACCUCGCCCUCUGCCUCCUCAUGCUCGCCCGCGACCGAUCGGGGCCUCCGCCACCUCCCCCCUUCGCCGCGGCGGCGCAGGCGCCGGCGGAGUACAGGUGCUCCGUGUGCGGGAAAUCGUUCGGGUCGUACCAGGCGCUGGGCGGGCACAAGACGAGCCACCGGCGCCCGGUCGGAUCGGACGAUCGGGCCUCGUCGUCCGCCGGAUCGGCGGCGGAGGCCUCGGGAUCCGCCGGAGGAGGAGGAGGAGGGGGGAAGGUUCACCGGUGCUCGAUCUGCCUGAAGGAGUUCCCGACGGGGCAGGCCCUCGGGGGCCACAAGAGGCGACACUACGAGGGUGUCGUCGGCGGCGGGGCCAGCACCACCCACCGGGGGUUCGACCUCAACAUCCCCGCCGCGGCGGAGUUCGCCGGAUUCGACGCCGCGCGGCGAUGGGCCGCGGCGGCGGAGGAGGAGGAGGUGCAGAGCCCCCUCGCUUUCAAAAAACCCCGCCUCCUUAUCCCCGCUUAGAUCUCUCUCUCUCUCUCUCUCUCUCUCUCUCACACACACACACACACACACAGAGACACAGAAUUUCCCUUUCCCUCCAUCUAAUCCUUGGCCUUUGAGUAGUAGUUGAUUUGUUUUAUUCCUUUUCUUUUUCUUUUUCUUUUUUUCACAAAAAAAAGGAAGGUUAGAAUGUUAGAUCAUAUAUAGAUACAGAGAUCUGGCUCUUAUUUGUUGCUGUACAGAGAAUUAUUCAUUCUUUGUAGCUGUUUGAUUUUUUCUUCUCUUCUUUUUUCUUGGUUCUUAUCAUGUUGAAUGAAAAAGAUUUAUUGAGAUUAGCAUUCUAAGUUAUAAAGUAUUAACUUUUUAUCUCA